AUGUAUGGGGCAAGUAAAGUGUUGCUCUGGGCAUUGACAGGUCUGUUUGCUGUCACAACUGUCUUCUUCAAUGCUUAUAUCUCCUUUAUGAGUCUAUUAAACUAUAGGCAGAAUAAGAAAUGGAGUCCCAGUGAAACCAUCAUCAUGGCUCUGUCAGUGGCUGACAUGUUUCACCAGCUGGUCUGUUACUUCUGGAUGACCAUGGCCGAGGUGGACAGUAAGUGUCACAUCGCUCAGAUGCCCUACACCAUCAUGUUUCUGCUCAUCCUCAGCCUCAAGUUCACCAUCAUGUGGGACACCAGCUUCCUCACAUUCUACUACAGCACCAAGCUGGUGAACACACCUAAUCACUGCUACACACAGAUCCAGAAUAUCAUCCUCAAGCAUGUGACCUUGGGGGUUUUUCUCAUCCCCCUGUGCGGCCUGUGCACCUGCAUGCCGAUGCUCGUGGUGUUCCACGCCAACAACAGCACCCAGGACAACAAAGAUUGUGGGGUUUUGAUGCCCGACACCAGCACCGGCAAGAUUUAUGAAGUCAUUUAUCUGCUCCUCGCUGAUGUGCUGCCGGGGGUGCUCAUGACGAAAUGCUGCAUCUCCCUCUCCAUCCACCUGGCCAUCCAUCUCCGCAACAUGAAAGCCAGCACCAACGGAGCUCACGCCCCAAAGCUGGGCUCUCAGAUGAGGGUGAUCCAGAUGGCUUUGUCUCUGGUGGCAGUCUUCGCUGUCUUCCUCGUGGUCGACCUGUACGUGAACUACAAGAUAGCUGUGAUGCACGAGAACAUCAUCAUGCUCACGUUCUUCUUCACGUCCAUCUACACGACUGUCGCCGCCAUGGUGCUGAUCUAUGGGAAAAAGACCCUCUGGAAAGCCUUGAUACAUGACUUUAAUGUCUGCCUGGAUGAAUAUCCAUGUUUGUCUUGUCUGAAGGUGCCAGAACAAAAAGCUAAACCCAGCACUCUUGAAAAAGUUAAAAAGUGA